CCCCUUAUAAAUAGUACCAAUUACCAACAUCAUAUGAUACUGCCACAUCAUCCACCUUAUCAAAUAAGCCAACUCACAGAACGACGCCUUUGAAUAGCUUCUAAACAGAGUCAUCUAUCUUAGGUACCUAGGUAUAAUAUAGGGUACCUUAGCUAAAAUGGGCCGCUGGUCAUACCUCGACACAGACGAAGAACGUCUCCCGCACGGCAUCAAGCGCAUCGGGUACGACGCCGACGACCGGGAGUACACGUUUUUCGACACUUCAGACGGCAGCAUCUGGGUCGGGGGGUACAACGGCCCCACGAAAUGUAUAUCGAGGCCGGACCAAGCCGCGAGCUCCAGCGACGAUAGCAAGGACGAGCCGGCAUAUAAUAAUAUCCCAACCGAGGAAGUUGGAAAAAGCGACCCGCAACCGUCGAACAACAGUCCGAAUACAAAGGCGCUGCUUAACUCCUUCGUGGCUGUCGGUAGGCUCGCUCGAAUUAUCGUAGCGCGGAGAGGACCGGGCGCGGAUCGGAGGCUCAUCCGUGAGGAACGGAGACGAGAGCGUCGUGCCCGUGAGCAAACCAAGGAAGAACGACUUCGGGAUGAGCAAGGGUUAGGCGAGAAGGAGUUCGAAGGGGAAGAAUUUGUUUAAAUAAAUUAUUCAAUGGACGUGUUGCUUCAGGGAGUCGGCAUACCUCUUAUGGUCUUUGGGCUGGUCUCGAAAACUUUACGGCAUUUUUUUGGGAUAAGCUCGGGUAAGGGGGCGCAGGCAUAUGAUUUAAAUAAGAUAUCGACUCUUUAUAUUGGGUAGGUAUAAGUGGGAUUAUCAUCUCGUUAUCUAUAUCCUCACCGUCGCGAACGCGGAUCAGGCUCGUGGUGUAGCACAGCCCACGACACAUUACCUUGCUUAACAAUUACCUAAGGCUAUACUCUGAAGGCAUAUAUUAGGUACUCACUCUGCAAGGGAUAAGUCAGAUAAUACAUCA